UUAUGUUUCCUGUACAUUUGAUUAUUUACAGAUUUAUCUGUUAUUCCAUGUCAGCAUGUCAUAUAGGCUGCGUUAACUGCAUAAAACAACAAACUAGUGGAUUUAGAUAUUGACUCAGCUUGCAAAUGACUGCUCUAGGAAUGGAUAAUGGAGUUGCGAUUGACCCAGACACAAGACAUAACAACAAGUUUUUGACAAGAAUGGAAAAAGAGGAAAUAAAAGAAAUGCGGCACGGAAGGAUGUCAACUAGUGAAAAAUUAAGAGAAUGGAGUGCUAAUUUGCUACGUCUACUUCUACUUUUUGGAGUUCCUGUGGUCCUGGCUAUGGUACUUAUUAUUAUUCUUGUGGCAAUAUUUGUUGUUCGUCCCUAUAUACUAACACGAGAUUUUACCAGAACUAAAUGUGAGCUUUCUGAACAUGUUAUUCUUAACGAAUCAUCUGCGAGUUGUAGCGCUGGAACAGAUAUAUUCAAACCGUGCGUCAAAGUUACGGUUCUGUAUGCUACAGGAACAAGUGGGAAAUAUGAAAGUGGAAUUCUAAUGGAAAAUGAACAAGCGUUGGUUAAUUGUAACCCAUGUUCAUAUACUUUUGGUACGCAUGGUUUACUCCAUGAAUAUCAAGAUGCUUGCGAAAGCUGGAAAGAAAAUUACGAUCCAACUCUUUGUGUGGAGAAUUUUCUUGAUCAACUUGGGGUUGCUGGCUCUGUUUUUCCUUGUUAUUUCAAUCCAAACAAACCAGAUGAAAUUGUACGAGAUUUAGUUUUGGAUGUUAAUAUGAUGAUUCAUGCUGUAUCAUGGCCAAUUUUAUCAUGCCUAAUAUACUUGCUUGCUUGGGGAUUUGUCUGCUAUGAUGCGAAGCAGAAUCGUAUGAUCAAUAAAUGUAUAAGAGAGGAAAUCGCAUACAAACGUAAAAGACAACAAAUGGCACGUUUACAUGCUGCGGAAUGGAGAAAACAAAAGUUAGGGAAAACAUUAGGUGUGAGAAUUGAACACAGUAAUGGAAUAAACAUGUUUGCAAAAAAUAACGAAAGCACUAAAAAAUUGAGUCUAAGUUUGCCAAGUCUAUGUAGUUUGAAUGAUAAUCAUAACGUUGCAAACGAUAUCAAACUUUCUGAGUGCAAUGAAAAUAUCGACACAGAAGAUGAUGAAAAUUUCAAUCUUCAUCACUUGGAUCUUGCUGUAUCUCAACAUAAUAUUAAUGGACUUGUGAUGACUUAUGAAAACCCAAGAACGCAUCAUUCAUUGUCUCACAAAAACAUGCGAUUUAAGGAUAGAUAUCAAGCUGGUUCCUCUCACCAUACUUUGCCAGUUCUUUCAUUCUCUCCUAUGAGUACUUUUUGUCGACCGAAAUACAAUGGAAACUCACUUUUACAUCAAAACGUCUACAAUUUUGCGUACUCUUCAUUUUCUGCUGGGGAUCGUCAUAAAACAAAAAAUUCUUCAAAACUGCGGGCAGCCGCAAUACUUCAAUCUUUUCCUCCAGUUCUUCAUACUAAUGGUCGUAUGUUCUAUCAAGAAAAAAAAUUAAAUUCUGAUUCAUCAGAUUCCGACGCAGUUGUGAGUGAAGAUGAUAUCGAUGGAUAUUAUUCUUUUGCUCAAAGACAAAAAGAUUUACCAAUGCAAACUGUUGAUAUGUAUUCAGGAAAGGAUGAAUCUAAUGUGUAAAUUUUAACCUAAGGGUAUACAAACUUUUCGACCCAUAAGCGUUUUGACCCAGACAUCUGGCCAUCGGACUUUUCUAACCACAGGAUUGGAUAAGACAGAUUGAUUUUGAUUUUUAGUCGCCUUGGAUGGGGAUGAGCAAUUCAGAAUAUCGAAGCCUGAGGAUUCGAAUCCAGAAGGAUUCGGUUUUGGCUAUUGCGUAAUAAUUUUGAUAUUUGAAGUACACAAUUUAUUGAUUAACAACCGUCGUUUUUUACGAGCACGCGCACAACACUAUUUCUCUCCUCGUGACUCUUAAUUUUGCUCAUGAUGCACAAAUAUGGCAAAAUCAACCAUAAUAAUCAGUUCAAUCAAUCAUAAAUAAUUCAGUUGUUUGAAAAUUUUGGCAUAGUUAGUAUUAGGAUUGUAUCUCUUCCGGCAUGUUAUUGUCACUGCUUUGGUGAAUAUGUUCAAAUGUCCUAAAAAACCACAUAGUUGUAUAUUAUUAUGGUUGGGCAACUCCCAAAGCGACUGAAAAUCAUAACUCAAACCGUCUUAUGCCUAUGGAAAAGCUUGGGGGUCGAAAGUCUGUUAUGUCCAACUAAGGUACCCUAUUCAAAGAUUGAAAUAAAUAUCAUUGUUUAGUUUCGAGUUGCAAUCUUGUAUGGAUAUCAUAACUCAAUAUGGCAUAUAUUUUCUCAUCGUUUAAAACUAUCUUUCACAGUCUCAUUAAAUAUAUAUUGAAAAGUUCAGUAGUGCUCUUUUAAGUUAUCUAGCUGUCAAACAUGACUCACGGUAACUUUAAAUAUUUGAGUAGCCUGAUGAAAGCAUUCCUGAGAUUUAUUUAUCUAUUUCCUUUCUUAAAAUUAAAGAAUGGCAUGAGAAUUCCUUACCAUUCACAUCAUGUGGAAAUAUUAAUUCACUUUUUAAGCAAUUUGAGCACUUUGAGCAAUUUUUUUACAUUAGUAUUUUGUAAUAUUGAGAACAUAAGACCACCUAAUAUCAAAGAUGGAAACAUAAGUAUUGUAUUUAAUUUUUUUUAAAUAUUUAUGGAUAAGUACUUUGGCUUUCCAUGUAUUGCUUUCAGCAUUAUUUAUAUUUGCUCUUUUCUGUGUGUAAAUUUAGCUAUUGUAUGUUUGGUUUGUCUGCCAUUAUUGAUUUUUUUUAUCUUGUAGAUACAUCCUUUUAGAAUAGUUUGAAAAUCAUUAUUGCAUUAUCUCUAUAUUAAUUAUGGUAUUUAUCACUCUAUUGCAUAUUUUAUUUCCCUAAACGUAGUUCUAUUUCUUAGUAAACAUACACAAUUUCUUCACUUGAUAUUUUUAUGCAUUCUUAUUUUACAAUUGUACAUUUAUAAUAUUGAUAUUGCUAUCAAUGAUUUUACUCCCACCCAAUUCAGAGAUGAUAUUCAAAAUACUUUUUAAUAUCUUAUUUAAUUUUAGAAAUACAGCUGUUGCAAAACUUCAGUUUGUUUCAACACAAAAUCUUGCAAUUAUGAUAUAUUUAUAUAUUAUUUUAGGAUAACAUAGGAUUUCCAUAUUUAUCAAUCUGUCAAUGUUGGUUAUCACAGUGGAGGAACACUUAUCCAUUCUGACUAGAUUCUAAGAAAAUAUUCUCUGACACAUUUUCAAUUGAAAAAUUGUAAUUCACCGAAAUAAACACUUUCAAAUACAUUUGGAAUUGGAUGAAAUCUACCUUCUUUGUGAAUUAAUGUCUUGUAUUAAAUUGUUCACUGAACUUUUGUUGUGCCUUUAGUAAUUUCUUUGUUACUUAGAGAUUUAUAUUCUGUAAUUAUCGUGCAAUUUUUUUCUGUUAUUCAUAUUUUUUUUUUAUUAUUAUUCUGAAUUAUGAUAGUUUUUCUAGUUUUUUUUUGACAUGACACUGGUUAUUGUUUUUGGAAGCUAAUCUAUGUUUAGUAUGGGAAGUAGUGUAAUUCACAUUGAUCAAAUUAAAAUAUUAUUUCCAUAUUAUGACACUUAUAAAUUUACACCUUGCGCUCUCGAACAAGGCCCUGUAUAGCAGCCACUGAUAUCUAAUGAUGUGUGGAAAGGGUCAUAAAUUCACAUUGAUUAAACUGAAAUAUUAUCAAUAUAGGUUCGAAUAAUUUAAAAUUUUCUUCCUCAGUUAGCCGUUUUCACUCGCAUUUACACUCACUCGUAUAUAUUUUGAUUUUACUGAAUCAUUGUACCUGCGGUAUAUGUCGAGAC